AUGUCCUUCAAGAAGGAAACUCCGCUUGCAAACGCUGCCUUCUGGGCAGCCAGGAGAGGAAACCUGGCACUCUUGAAGCUGUUGCUGAACAGUGGCCGUGUGGACGUGGACUGCAGAGACAGUCAUGGCACCACUCUCCUCAUGGUCGCCUCCUACGCUGGUCACCUGGACUGCGUGAGGGAACUGGUUCUCCAGGGAGCAGACAUCAAUCUUCAGAGAGAGUCAGGUACAACUGCCCUGUUCUUUGCUGCCCAGCAAGGCCACAAUGACAUCGUGCGAUUUCUCUUUGAAUUCGGAGCAUCCACUGAAUUUAGGACCAAAGAGGGAGGCACCGCUCUGCUGGCCGCCAGUCAGUACGGACACAUGCAGGUGGUGGAGACGUUGCUGAAGCAUGGAGCCAACAUCCACGACCAGCUUUAUGAUGGAGCCACCGCACUCUUCCUAGCUGCCCAAGGUGGUUACUUGGAUGUCAUUCGAUUGCUGUUGUCUUCAGGAGCAAAAGUCAACCAGCCAAGGCAGGACGGGACAGCGCCCCUAUGGAUCGCAUCGCAGAUGGGCCACAGCGAGGUGGUGCGGGUGAUGCUGCUGCGGGGCGCUGAGCGAGACGCCACCCGGAACGAUGGCACAACAGCAUUACUGAAGGCAGCCAACAAAGGGUAUAGUGACGUGAUAGAAGAGUUGCUUAAAUUCUCACCCACCCUUGGUAUUUUGAAGAACGGGACAUCAGCUCUCCACGCAGCAGUGCUCAGCGGGAGUAUUAAAACAGUAGCUCUGCUCCUGGAAGCAGGCGCAGACCCAGCCCUGAGAAAUAAGGCCAAUGAACUUCCAGCGGAACUUACCAAAAAUGAACGUAUAUUGCAUCUCCUUAGAAGUAAAGAAGUACACAGGAAGAGCUAG